UGUGGGUACGUUGCUGCAUUGACAGCCAUCUUGGAUUUGUUGAUCUUCCGACAUAACUUUUGAAUGUCAGAUUAGAGCAAAUUGUCAAGUCCCUAGAUAAGUAAAUGCAACUAGAAACAGAAUUAUUUUAAGUUUACCCUUAAGUCAGAAUGAUGAGCGGUAUAGAUAACAAAAAAGCAAAGCGUAGAAAGGUGAAAAAGGGUGCUGUCACCAAGGCCGCAACACCAACCAAAUCUCUGACAAACUCUGAGAUCCCAUUGACUAGAGCCGAAUUAACCGGAGAGUACUCGGGCGAAACCAGAAGCGCUUCUGAACAGUUUGAUCAAGCUUUUAAGAACCUAGAGAAGACAAUGGAUGCACAUGAUGAGGAGAGUGCCCUCAAGAUGUUGUUAUUUCCUCGAGGAUCAAAUCCAUUCCUAGACCGUGAACGCUGUCUUCUCUGUAACUGUGAGAGAACAGACCCACCAGAAGCUGAGGCACUCAAAUCUGAUUCUCCAGAUAACCAGUCACUAGAGAAUAAUCCUCUUGCACAGUUACCUCUGUGGGUAUGUCCAUCAUGUAGGAAAGCUGCUGACCAAGAGAUGGAGAAGAAACCUUCCCUAGAACAAUUCUUGGACACAGAUGGGGAAUCAUUUCUACCAGAUAUCAGUAUAAAAUCUGGCUCGGAGCCAACUACGCCAAACGGCAGUAUUUGUACCUGUGAUGCUUGUACGGAGAGACGGUAUAUAAUGAUAGAAUCGGAACAUGAGUUAGAGACUGCAGCAUUACAACAGUAUUGGACAGAGUUACGAAAGGUUGUACGAUGUUUAUAUAGUAACCGUGACGAUAUUAAUACAGAUGAGCUCAAUACUAACAGAGUACCUGCUGAUGAUCAUGUCACAGAUCUAGUUCACAAAUUGUGCAGUCGAGACCCACAUCAAUUAUUUCUCCGCCUUGAGUCACAGGUUCGCGAGUUUGUGAUAGAAAUGAAAGUGAAACUGCUUAAACAAUUAAGUACAGGUUUCAAGACCCCUCCACAAGCAAAGAAAUUUAUAUCUCUAAUGUUAGAGGAAUAUGCUCAUUUAUGCAAAGUUGCUAGAAAAAUGGCUGGUCUUUUGAAAGAAUUGCAAAAUCACUUGAAGAGAUUUAAGGUAACAUGGGACCUUCACAAUAAGCAUUUAUUUCAGUCGAUUGUUUUCUCGGAACCUUCCAUCAAAAAUAGCCUCAAUCUGCUCAUCUCUCAACUCAGACUGGGUGCUGCCUCGAAGGAAUCUUAUACAGAAGACACAUAUCCUAAUCUGUUACAUCGUUAUCUUAAAUUUGAGGAUGAGAUGUCGGUAAUUAAUGUUGUCUGGAGAGAUUGUCAUCAACUUAUAGAAUCUUACAAUGAAGAACAGUCUGCAUUAAAGUUAAAACAAAAGAUGUUAAGAGAAGACUGGGAAUUCUUCAAAACUCAACGUAAACUGCUGGAACAACAAGUGUCCAAGAAUCCUAAAGCCUCACUCUCUCACAAUCUGGAAGCUCAGUUUACAGAGACAAUGAGAUUGAUGUUACAAGGUAACAAACCAUCACAAGAUGAGCUCACCUGUCCAAGAUGCAAUAGAAAAAGGUGUCCUUGUGAUGAAUGUACAAUAACUCACAUGAUAACUUGUGGUAUAAUCAACCCAGACGUGCUGGAUAGUUCUACAGCCCCCAAUCCACUGACAUCUCACCAUAAUGCCAACUUUAUGCAUGACCCUAAUCGUUACCGGAUAGACGUUAGUCCACCCUCUAUGUCUAGUACAACAUCUAGUAGUGGAUCUUCUAGUCCUAUAUUUGAUGUAGAACAUCUCAAAAGGCCUUUCUCUGAUGAUAGUAAUAGAAAUGAGGAGAUACAGGAAGAGAUAGACAAUCAAUCAUCUGACAAUGAUGAAGAUGAUGAUGAUGAUGGGGUUGAUGAUGAUGAAGAUGAUGAUGAUGCUGAUGAUGCUGACAAUGAGGAAGAGGCAGAUGCUACGGACAAGGACGAGUCAAAUAUCAAUGAUCUGCCUCUCACGGGUAUGGUAGAGAUAACUGGUAUACCUCAGCUAUCACUGGAGGAAGAAUUGAGAAGACAGGAGUUUGGCAAGGUGGAAAGCUGUAACUGUGAUCAUUGUGUCUCUCAGGCCAAACUGGAACACAUCAAACCUGAGGACAACCAAUGCCAGUGUCAUGUAUGUCUUCAGCAACAAGGGAAGGCAAUCUCAACUACUCUACCACAACACAUCCCCCCUAUUGUGCCGCGCCCCGGGGAGUUACAUCUCUAUCCGCAUAUCCAUGGCUCCACGGGGCUACACACUCUUGGUAGGGGAAGCGGACAUGUAAGACCAAUUCUACAACCAAACUUGUACGACCUUCACCUUCCAAAUCAGCGCCACAAAUCAAUUAUACAACAAACAAAGGUGCCUAUAAAAGUGGACUUUGACUGUCCUGAAGGUAUUAAUGAUCAUAUUUAUCAUGCCUAUGGUGACUGGGAUAAUACAACAUAUGAUCAUCCACGGUUAUUGCUGGGGUCAGGCAAGUUUGACAGCGAGCUGUUACCUCCUGCUCCAUUCUCCAGUCCAUAUACCUCCACUCUACUUACAGAACCCCUCAACAUACCCGGAAUGUUCAGUACAUCAUCGUCACUGCCUACUUCAGCAACGUCGAGUGCGUUUGUAUCGACGUUUGCCAAUCAUUCGUCAUCAGGGGCGGCCACUCAGGCAGCAACAAAAAUUACCGACAACCUCUCUGUGCUGACAACAAAGGAGUCCCUGGGUGAUCAAUUGCCUAGUAAACAUAAUCAGUGCUCAAACCAGCCAGCUCCAAUCCCCAACCACAAUCCACCAUGCUCUAGACCAGCUACUCUAGGAGGCAACAAUGCUCCCAAGGUUCCUGAGAAAGGGCACAGUCAACAUUGUAAGAAACAUAACAACACUCAGGGGAAUACAAAAUCAGGCUCGGUAAUGCCUCACAAUCACACUGGCAGUCAGUUGAAGAUGCAGGAGAUGUUACAGACAAAGGAAGGUCGUCAGAUGUUUCAUCAAUACACUAAUUCUCUCAAACAACAGUCAAACCAGAACAACCAAACGUGUACACAUGCCAAUAGCAACAAUAACAACAUAAGUAAACUAACCAACCACCAGGGUACCCUGCGUGAACCUCACACUGGUGCCGGGGGGACCGGGACUUGCCCUAAUUCCAUGCAGUUACCUACAUCGGUUAACAAUGUUAGCGUUGGUACAUCAACUGUUUGUACAGAGCCAGACUGUGAUGGGAAUCAUGACAACGACAGUUUUGAUGAUAAUUGUUCGGAGAAAAGUUCAUCAACGUCAAAUUCUACGAGUCAGAAAGAAGGCAAAUAUUGUGAUUGUUGCUACUGUGAAUUCUUCGGUCAUGGCAAUCCUCCUGUGGCCCCUACAAGUAAGAACUAUGCAGAAAUGCGAGACAAGUUGCGAUUACGACUCAAGAAAAAGGUAGAAACUGAGACUAAACCUGAUGGUGAGCAACCACCUAUAAGUUUAAAGUGUACUGGUCAUAUUCCUCAAGGGAAACCAGCUCCUGUACUUGUACCUGCGACCACCACCACGACCAUCACCCCUCCACCUAGUCAGUCAGAGGACCCGCUAGAAACAAAGGGAUUAGAUGAGCUGAUAAAGUUUAUCAAUGGAACUGAGGAGGAUGAUAAGAAACCAUUGAGUGCUAAAGCUGCCAAACGUGCCAGACAGAAACAGAGAAAGGCUGAGGAGAAAGCUCGACAGGAGGCGGAGCUAGUUAGAAAAGAACAAGAACGUGAGAGAAAGUUAAAGUUAGAGGAGGAACAAAGGAGACAGUUAGAGGAGGCUGAGAGGAGGAAAAAUGAGGCAAUGACAAAAAAACAACGUAAACAAGCAGCUAAACGUGCCAAGUCUUCCAGUAACAGUCCAACACCUCCUCCUGCUCUAUCAAAUAAUACAGAGAAAAAUUUCAAUAGUAACUCUGGAGAGGUUAAUAAGAACUUAAAGAAGAAAGGUAAACAUAAAGAUGACUUACCAACUUUACAAGUGAACAUAACAUGUGAGAUAGAGCACGGGUCGCAGCCAGUAUCCUCAUCCAAGUCAGUAACUAACAACAUACUAGCCAGUCAGAAUCCACUGAAAACAACUGCCCCAUCUAGCCGUCCCAGUACACAGGGAGGUCAUAUAAUUAGUACUCCGCCCUCCAUUGAUAAUCGUAAUAUCCUCAUGGCGAAACAAAACAAGAACAGAGAGCCAAUAAAAGCGCCACAUUUACCGGGGAAUGACACGUCAAAUACUGUGACGAUCAACUCGGAGCAUAUAGCUCAGAUUACCCGUCAGCAGCAAGAACUGCUGAAGAAGCAAACUCAGCAGCUUAUACAGCUGAAGCUGCAGCAAGAAGCCAAGAAACAGAGACAACUAGCAGCUCAACAACAACAACAGCAGCAGCAGCAACAACAACAAACAUGUCAACAACAACAACAGUCUGUACCUAAUGACAAAGGGAAGAAAGUUAAUAUCAAGAUACUGCCAAAUGAGAAACCGUCCCAAGGUCAACUGACACCACCAAUGGUAACAAGGAUUGCCUCAGAGAAACCCCAAGUGCAGCCAGUAAAGAAUAAUGUAAAAAUAACAGUAAAAACUUCUACAAAUUCUGUACCAAUGACCAACCCACCUAGGUUGAUUGAGCAGAAUAACAAUGUUCCAAGACGUAUAAACAACGGUAAAUCAGUACAACAAAUCAAUGACGAAAACAGUUUAAACCAAGUCAUGCAAGCACAGUCAGCACCGGUCCGGAGAAACAAGAAAUCAGCAGAUCUGGUGCAAUCGGAACCAGGUCAGAAAGGUCAACCACAACUUCAGAAUCAAUAUCAUGUACAAGGUUUAGUAUCUAACCGUCCGGUUACCGGCCCUACCAAUCCUAUAAUACAGCAGAAUGGUAGAAACAGUCCAGGUAAAGGUCAGAUAAGACAGCCACCAGCUGGUCAGGCACAGAAUGGUGAUGUUAGAACACCGAACAUGGAGAGAAAACAAGAUCUUGCUAAAAAGACCGAGGAGUCGCCACCCUCCGAUCAGGGGAAGAAUUCCAGUGGGAAAACGAAGAGAGUGAAGAGGAAAAACAAAGGUGGAGGAGAUAUCAACUUUAUUGGUAAGACUUGAAAAUACUAGGAG